GCGGAGCGACGCUGAGGGGUGCACCCGGGAGGAUGAGUACGCUGCACCCGGAAGUGUCUCCGGUGAGAGGAAGGUGGUGGCCUCACCGCUAUGGGCCGCAACAAGAAGAAGCGAGAUGGUGACGACCGGCGGCCCAGGCUAGUUCUCAGCUUCGACGAGGAAAAGAGGCGGGAGUACCUGACAGGCUUCCACAAGCGGAAGGUCGAGCGGAAGAAGGCAGCCAUUGAGGAGAUUAAGCAGCGGCUGAAAGAGGAGCAGAGGAAGCUGCGGGAGGAGCGCCACCAGGAAUACUUGAAGAUGCUGGCAGAGAGAGAAGAGGCGCUGGAGGAGGCAGAUGAGCUAGACCGGCUGGUGACAGCAAAGACGGAGUCAGUGCAGUACGACCACCCCAACCACACAGUCACCGUGACCACCAUCAGUGACCUGGACCUCUCCGGGGCUCAGCUGCUCGGGCUGACCCCACCUGAGGGAGGGGCUGGAGACAGGUCGGAGGAGGAGGCAUCAUCCAUGCCCACCAAAGCCUUGCCCAGGAAGUCCAGAGACCCCCUGCUCUCUCAGCGGAUCUCCUCCCUCACAGCAGCACUGCAUGCACACAGCCGCAAAAAGGUCAAGAGGAAACAUCCCCGCAGGGCCCAGGACUCCAAGAAGCCCCCAAGGGCCGCUCGCACCAGCAAGGCCCAGCGUCGCCGUCUGACAGGCAAAGCACAGCACAGCGGGGAGUGAGGCUGAGAACCAAGCUGUGCCCCAGCCUAGGCUGCAGGGACCUGGCCUUUGUCAUCUUGCUGUCCCUGUCACCCAGCCUGCACCAGCGUGAUGACUGCACAGCUCAGAGUUGGGAAGCCAGGACCUCUCUGGCCUGGGGCCGGCUGCCUUUGCCUGGGGUUUGAAUUCCAGGAGUGGGCAGCUGAGCGCAGCCUGCCCCGGGAAGAGCCUUCAGAGCCACGUUGGGGCAUCUUCCCAAAUGUGCACGCCACCUGGCACUCAUCAAAUUUGGGAAACUCAUCAGAGAUUUGUGCACUUGUGAUUUGUUUGCCCCUGAUACCACAUGCAAGGGCAGGUUUCUGGGGCGGUGGACAUGGUCAGGGGCCAUGGCUCUGUUCCCAGCAGUUUUCCCUGUGGCUGCAAUAAAGUCCAGUUCUGCUUCUA